CCUACCCUCCUUCCUUGCAAGCGAUCAUUCCCUCGUCCUCUUCGUUGCGCCUGCGCUCCCUUUGCUUUUGCUGCGAAGAGGGCGUCAGUUAGAGAGAGAUUACCCUUCCUUUCGCCGUCGCCAUCGCCGUCGGUCACGUAGCCAUGGCUUCCACCUCCGCACACCCUGAUCCGCGCGCUCUGGAGUGGUGGGGCCGUUCCACCAUCUCCGUCACCCGCCUGCAAGGGCUCGUCAGCACGGGCCUCCUCCCGGCAAGGGCCGAAGAGGCAGAGUGGCUAUGCCGGCGGGGUAUGUCGUCUCGUUUUCUCGUUUCCACGAGGGCGGGUUCGGCGUCCCUGCUCAUCGCUUCCUCCCCGGACUUCUCCACUUCUACGGCAUCGCCCUCCAUCACCUGAAUCCCAGUCGAACAAGGGGGUGGCACUCGAAUUGGUUCUACUUGAGGAAUGUCGCCGCCCCUUGCCUGCCAUCACAGCGCCUCCCUGAGGUUGAUUUCAAGCUGAUCGAAGUCGCCCUGACUCCUGGUCCUGGAGCAAGUGGGGCGUGCCGUCCAAGGAUCAAAAGAAGAUCAACGACCAUCUCAUCGCGAUCACGCUUCUUCGGGGGCAGGGACUGACUGCGGCCGGCGUCAUUGGCGGCUACCACUCAAGGAGGAUCGUGCCAUUGAUAUAUGGCGCAUAAUUUUCCUCUGCACAAGAUGGGAGCCUGUGUACCUCUUCGGGGUACGGUACUGGUCGAGGAAGCGCUCCCCGACUCUGAGAUCCUCCAGCGUAUUCGGGAGGCGCUAGAGCCAAUAAAGGAUGAUGCGGGUGCCGCGAUCCUGUACGAGUAUCCUAUCACAGGAUGCCCAAGGAUACGACCGGAGUUUGGCUUCCUCACCUUUCCGGAACGGCUUGUGCUCCGGGAACACCACGUCCCGCUGCCGAAGAGCGAUGCCGCGAGAGCAGCCAAUCACGCUCGGAACGAGGAGCUGCGUGCGGCGGCCGGAGAGAGGAAGAGGAAGGGAGCUCGGAAAGCCACCACUCGGCAUCACGGGGAGAAGGUGGAGGAGAGCAACGAGGACGACGACGACGACGAGGAGGAGAUCCUGCCGGGCAGGAGGCGUCUCACGGGCGGAGUGGGAUGACCUAAUACAUGGGUCCGAUGCGGGAGAUUUUCCUCUCGCGGAGCCGACCGUCGGAGGCGAGGGGGGGAUCCAACCCCCUAGGCGGAAGAGCAGGUACCUGAGGUUCCCGUGGGUCCUCGGUCAAUGGAGGAGCAAACGCCUCUUUUUUAGAGAAAGGAUCAUUACCCGGCCUCGCACAUUCAAAGGUGAAUGGCUGCAGCCUCAUGAUACAAAGUUCAGGAAACAAAGCCCACAGGCUCCAAGCGCCACAAAUGGCAACUGUUAAUAGUUCACAAUGGAAAGACAGUAAGAAGCCUGAGAAGUAAGGUCCUACUCAACAGAACAACGACAAAACAGAGACUAGUACUGAAUCCUAUUUCUGUAGUUCUAUCCUGCUUUGCUGAAAAUCUCCAUCACACAAGCUUCUAA